CGAAGCCCCUCGCGUCUUACUCGAAGAGCUCCAUAGCUCUUAGCCGUCCGAUCGUCGAAAUGGAGCAGCAUGAAUCAUGUGCCAUUCAUCAUCCAACUUGCUCCCAAGCACUAUCCACGCCACACUACGUCAAUACAGAUCACGAUGAACCCCACGUCGCGCUACGCCUACUCGCGCAACGGCGAGCAAGGCCGUGUGGACGAAAAGUGUCUCGUACGCGUUCAGAUCCCCACUGUUGACUCGACUGGAGACGGCAAGGUGCGCUACCACGUGCGUGUCACGAACAUCCGCUCCGGUCAGGUGUGGGAGGCCCCGCGCCGCUUCUCUGAGUUCCUGCAGCUGCGCAACGACCUGAUCGACUUCUUUGCCAAGACCGACAAGAAGUGUCCAGGAUGCCGCAACUACGAGAAGGUGCUCAAGCUCUUCGAGUUCCCGCGCAAGCACGUCUUCACGAGCGUCACGCCCGUCGUUAUUAACUACCGUAAGAAGGCACUACGCAACUUUGUCGCUCUGCUCGCCUCGCACACCUUCACCACUACUCCCAAGUGCCCCACGUGCAGUGGCUUUCCCUUCACGAGCGUUCGCGACUGGCUCACGACAGGUGUGGGAGCGGGCGCUAGUGUUGCCAACGAUGUUGCUACCGGAUCACCCACGAACGAGGCGAUUCGCGAUACAUUGGACGUCAAGGAAUUCACCAGUUACCACCCGGUGUCGAAUGCGAUGCCCGUCGAUCAAGAAGGCCGCUUCGUCGGCAGCACCGUUCCAAAGUAUACACCUCCGGUUACCAGUCCGACGAAGCAAACUGAUAACAGACGUCGCAGCCCAACGCGUCCACAGCCACAGCAGCUCUCGCCUGCGGAAAACGCGAAGUCUCAGCUGCAAUACAGUGAUGACGAUUCAUCGAUUGGUUCCUUCAGCGACCCACCGUCACCGCCUUCGGUCGACGAGUUUGUCAUGCCCACACCGGCGCCUGUCGUGAAGGAUGACUUUGAGAACGACAUCGAAGGAGACGACGAUGAAGAGUUUAACUCUUUCGUGGGUUCUUCUACUGCGUCUUCCUAUAAAUCGGAGGGCCUGAAAGAUCAACCUGCGCGCGAGCCUCCAGCUAGUGACGACUCGCCUGCCAGUCGCACAGAGACGGCGGAGAAGAAGCAUUUCAAGUUCACUCGCAGCUCCAUUGGAAGCUACAGCGAACGUUCAUCUGUUCAGCCUCGUGAGAGCAGCAUGAUCAAUAUCGACGACGACGAUGACGAGGACGAGGGACUGAACAUGGAUUUUAUGAACUCGGUAUCUAUGGCACCUACUGCCACCAAAUAAGUGAAAACGACAUAAGAAAAAGUCGAGCAUAAUUUGCGAGGUCGUUGUAUAGCACAGGAGCAGCGUACAGACCACCCUUGCUCCUUGAGAUUGUACAAGCACGUAUAAUAGAUAAAUUGCACGCUAAAACACUCUGUUCCAACUUCUCCGCGCCAUAAACGGAAAUGCAUGUAGAUAAGCAAAAAAACUC